AUGGAUGAUUUCUCCGUUAAAAUAAAUGAUUUACCAGAUGAAAUUCUUAUGACUAUAUCGAGAAAAUUGUACAAUGUUGAAGUACUCUCUUCUUUAAUAAGUGUUAAUCAACGACUCAAUAUAAUUGCACAUGAUUCAAACUUUAUAGAUAAUUUGACUUUAUUUCAACGUUCCUCGCAUAAUUUCGUCGAUCCAUUAUCAUCUGCAAUACUUGAUCGAUUUCUUUCGGAUAUUUUACCUAGAAUUCAUCAUAGAAUCAAAUGGCUUAAUCUUGAAUCAACAUCUAUGAAAAAUAUUCUUCUUGCUACAAAUUAUCCUAGUUUAUCUGGACUGAGUUUAUAUGGUAUUGAGGUCGAAAAAGCUAUAUCUCUCUUUAUUGAUAAGUUAUUUGACUCUGAUUAUUUUAAUUGUGAAUAA